CACCUUCACCCCCUCCCGCUCCUACUCCCAGCACAUCAAAUCCGACAUGGCGCUCCUCUCCUCCCUCACGCAACCCCCCGCCGAGUACGCACGUGGCAUGGCUUCCGUACUGGAUUCCAUCAUCAAGAUCUAUACCGUACACAGCCGCCCCAACUACACGCUCCCCUGGCAGAACCACCCCAAGCGGGAGUCCACGGGAACGGGUUUUGUCGUACAUGACCGGCUGAUUCUGACUAAUGCCCACGUGGUGGCUGAUGCGACGUACGUGCUGGUGAAGCGGCACGGCUCCGGAACCAAGUACCGAGCGGACGUGCAAGCGGUGGGUCACGACUGCGACCUGGCGCUGCUCUCAGUGGCCGACGAGUCCUUCUGGACCGCCCCCACCGCCAUGCAGCCGCUGGAGCUGGGCCCGGUUCCGGAGCUGCAGCAGGGUGUGGUGGUGGUGGGCUACCCCACGGGGGGCGACAACACCAGCGUCACCAGCGGGGUGGUGAGCCGAGUGGAGGUGGCGCAGUACGCGCAUGCGGCCAGCCACCUGAUGGCGUGCCAGAUUGAUGCGGCUAUUAACCCGGGCAACAGCGGUGAGUGCUGCGGGGCCGUGCUGACCCGGGAGCUUUGGGGCUGGGGGCUAGGGGCGUACUAGUCCAGUAGAGGGCUGGCGCUCCCCCAUGCAGCCACCUCCCCUAGGGUAGGCCUCACCCCCCUCCCCUCCUGCCUCCUGUUCUUCCA